AUGGAGCGCAAGAGGAAGAUCCCACCACGCGCCGCCGCACGUGUCGAGCAAGCCGCCAAGCGUAGGACGUCGACGCCGCCCAUCGAUGGCCGCACAACGCGGUCAGUCACGCCCUCUGGAGGCAAAAAUGCGGCCGAAGACGAGAAUCAGCCGCCCGAGCCAGAGGCGGCCGCCCCGACGCCGCAGCGCAUACGGCUCCCCCGAUCGAUCAAUCCAGGCAAGCCCCUGCCGACCGUCGAGAAAGCACAGCCGGAAGACCUCCCUAAGACGGAAUACCAGAGUGUGCAAGAGAGUGGCGUCCUCGCCGAAUCGCUCGCCCGGUCGCGCAGCAAGUGGAUCAACGAAGGCAUUUUCGAAAGGUACUGGGUCAAGCCCUCGAAACGGCGCGGUGUAGCCGCCGAUGACCCCAAGAACCCGGCCAAGGACUCCAUGGUCAAGCUCGGGCAGGUGCUCAUCACUGUCGAGCCACACACGUUCGAGGCCACAAUGUAUGGCGUGCGCGACCCCAAGCCGGCAGCGGCGCUACCCGCCAAUCGACCUGUGCUCAUGUACGGACCCUCACGCGGCACAAUGCCACCGCCAUCGGCACCAGGGACGCCCCAACCGAAGCAGCGAAAGCCCCGGAAGCCAAAGCAGCCCUCGCAAAGCCCAGCACCACGGACACCGAUACCUGCCACCGCGUCCUUGCCAGCCACUCCCGACCAGAAACCUGUAUUGGCCCCGACGCCACAAGCCAUACCUGUCACACCCCAGCAGAUAUUACCGCAUCAAUCACCAGCACUAGCGCCAGCGCCAGCGCCAACACCGAUAUCAGCUACAGCUCAAGCACAAGCAAAAACACAGGCCCAGACUCAACCUCAAACACAAUCACCGGCACAGCCAUCGCUUCCCCUUAAGACGGAGCAAGGGCCGGGCACGAUGCUGCAAUCACCUAUACAAGCACCGUCACAGCCGCCAACACCGUCCGCGGGAAGCUCUGUCCUUCGUCCACCGAGCGUGACCCAGCGACCUCCUCCGCUUACGGCCCUGGCUCAAAUGCGCGCCGGGCAGCCAUCGCCAGUGGCACCGUCCUGGGCUCCACCGCAACCGACGCCUUCGCCCCGGAGUGUUGAGGCCACAUCCGUGCAGCAACCAUCACCGAGACUGGCGCCCCCCUCCAUGUCCCCGGUACCUGGACCUCCUCUGCCUGUGGGACGACCGCCUUCUGUGCCUCCAGCACCUGUUACCGCCCCACGGCCGAGCCCAAGCCCCGCGCCCACUACGCCGCGGACAGGUGCGGCACAGCCUCCACCGGGAACCGACUCAAUUAUCGUUACGUUGGCUCAGCGGGCUGCCCACGACCCGCAGCUUCGGGAUAUGAUGACGCGCGUAGCAAAUGGCCAGGCGCCUAAGGACGAGCUCGACCGGUUUCAAGCCAUCAUCAACCAGAUCACAGAAGAGAACAAGCGCAAGGGUGCGGCAGAUGGACCGUCGGCCGACCGGUUGUUUGUCGAUGGCCGUACGGUUCGAUUCUUUGCCGAAGAAGUUCGGAUCAUCUUGGACAUUGUGUUGCGCAGCAACCCGAAGCAGAAGGCGUUUAACCUCGUGCCACCGGAAGGCAGCGAUCAGCUCGUAGUCCUGCUUGUUAAGAAGUGUCUAGAUGACAUGCGCGUCCGGGGCAUGGUCCGGCGCAUUGCCGACAACCAGGCGCAAUUCUCUGAUGCGACAGAUCUCAAACAUGAGAUUGACAAGCUCAAAGUCCACCUCGACGAAUACCUGGAAAAGGAAAGGAAGCGCCAGCAGGACGAGGCGCGUGCGAAACUGGCCACGGUUCCCGAGGCCCCAGACGCGACCGUGGGCGGCAACGCCGUAGCAGCUGCUACGGCGAAAACAAACGGAGCCACAAACGGGGCGGCACCACGCGAGCAGUCGUCAACGCCACCAGUCACAGACGGUGCCAAAGUUGCUGAAAAGAACCAACCCCAAAAAGAGACCAAGGAGGCCGUCGGCAGCUCACAGGCCCUCCGCUCCCGCGGGCCCCCACCUGCACCAAAGUUACUGGACGUGUCGGCCGUCGUCUUUGAAUUUGCCGGCGGCACGGGCGACCGCUACAUGUUCCCCAAGUUCAGUAUUGUGGAGUACAUCCCGAUGCCGCAGGGCCCGGCCGAGGCUGUCGCCUCGUUCCUGAUUGUCCGCAAGGGCAGCACAUCCGAGUACGGCGGCGACCCGGACCUCGACUACUACCAGCCGAUCACGGUGCGCCUGCAGGUGUCGCCGCUGUCCAAUAGCCAGAAGCUGCUCGACUACUUGGCCAAGGUGGUGGCGCCCGUCGAGGAGGUGACGCGUUACAUGGACAACAUUAUGCACAGCAUGACGCGUGCGGAGUUUGUGCUACUGGCGAUGCGACUGCCACGGCGUGGCCCUGCAGGUGGCACCAUCACGGCCGCUGGCGACGAAGACAAGGAGGCCUUUGCGGACGACGGCGGCUUGGAAGCGAUGGACAUCAACGUGAGCAAGAAGGCAUCUGUCGGCGGCGGCGACAGCGACAGUGCCGACGCCAACGGCGAUGGCAGCGGUGGCGACGAGCACUACGUCGUGGGCCACCCGCCGCCGCUGCAGGGUGUGCUGUGGGCGACCAAGGCGGGCAAGUCGACCCGGUCGUCGACGGCAGCGGCCUCGUCUAUAUCCGCCAUCCCACAGCUUCGGUCUUCACGGCGGGUCACGGACGAGGACGAGCAGUAUCAGAGCUUCAUCUCGGGCCUCAUCCCUAAGGAGGUGGAGGAAGAGGCCUAG